CUGAUUGGCUGCUCUUCCAGAAAGCGCUCUGCGAUUGGUUCCUAGGGGAACGAUUACGUGUUUCCGGAUACGGCGGAACAACCAUUGCUGUCGAGUUGCGCGCUAGUUGUAUCAGAGGAAACUACGCACUGAUCAGAUUGAAACAAUGCCAUCUUGCAUAGUCCGUGGUUGUCAUCACAGCACAGCAAGAAAAUGCCUUUCUCCUGGAAUCGCCUUGCACGGAUUCCCAAACAACCUUUCCAGAAUAAAACAAUGGCUCGUGAACAUCGGACAAAAUGUUGGCGACAUUGAUGAUUUUGCACAGAAAGUCCUGGAUGGAAAGAAACAGAAUUCCUAUCGAAUUUGCUCUGCCCAUUUUUCCUCUGAUUGUUUCGUCCAAUUCGGCUAUUCAAAGGGACUGAAAGCAGAUGCAGUGCCCACGAUAUUUGCUUGGAACACCCCAGAGAGCAGAGGGCGCAGCGCUAUUCGCAAUCGCUACUUUAUGUACCCGGAACGACCUUGUGGUCGGUGUAUGAAAAUUAAAAUGGUUGAUGCAAGCACAUCCACGGAUCCAGCAAUGUUUUACAAAGAAGCUGGUGUACAGUGGCCAGAAUUCGAGUUUAAUACAGCUGGUGAGGGAUGGAAAAUAAAGCACGAUCACUACUACCAUUCAAGCUCUUCAAGGAAAAGCACCCAGAAACCUACAGUCGGUCGCGAUUGUCAAAAAGAUCUGAUGGGCACGAGUAAUAAUAAAAACAGCCGAGAUGAGGAGCAGGAGGUGGAUGAUAAUGAUAGCAGUAACAAUGAUAACACCCAGACUCACCAGCCCUCCGUAAAUUUAGAUCCAUUUCAUUCUGGGAUACCAGAAAUAACCAAAGCAGACAGUUUUAUGGAUUCCACUCCAUCCUCCCACAAAGUAAGACACCGCAUUCAAAACAAGUCCAGCAGUAAUAGAAGUACAGAGCACACCUUACCCAUGGGCAAUGAUACUGCAGUUCUAGAUAUUGCGCAUCAACGGAAGUUUAUCGUAUUUGAGUCUUGCCUUGAUGUCUUGCUUCACAAGCUUUCCUGUGGUUUUGGUGUGGACUGCCGUUCCCCCAUCAUUGGACUUGAGAAGCAAGUGAAGGGCUCUUACUUGUCUGUAGUUGGCAGGUGCUCCAAAGGCCACCGCUUUCAUCUGUGGGACAGCCAGCCUGUAGCAGGAGAUGUUGCACUGGGCAAUCUUUUGGCAUCAGCUGCUCUGCUUUUCAGCGGUUCUAGAUUUUCAAAGGUUGAAGAAAUUAGUCAGCUGAUGGGCCUGCAGCUAAUUUCCUGCGACACUUACCGUAAAUACCAGCGUGCAUUUCUAUUUCCUACAAUCGAUCGCCAUUGGCUUAAUGAGCGUAGACGGCUCAAAGAUACCGUAGGAUAUACAAAACUGUGCCUUUCUGGGGAUGGUCACAACUCAAAGGUCUCUACGUACACGUUCACUGAACCCCAGAGUAAACUAAUUCUAGAUUUUCAGGUGGUUCAGAAGUCUAAAACCAGUCAAAAACAGGACCUAGCAAAGGAACAGCUAGCCUAUGAAAUAUGUUUAGAUCGACUUCUAAAAGAUAAUUACGUUGUUGAGGCCAUUGCAACAGACCAGCAUUCUGCUAUUGAAGAACUCAUGUGUCAGAAGUACAGUCCUAUCAUUCACAAGUAUGAUGUUGGCUUUUAUGCCCAAAAGGUAAAAAGACAAUUGGUGUCUGCCAGCAAAAAAAGGAAGUGCUCACAGAUUAGCAAGUGGAUACCUGCGAUCAUUCUACACUUUGAAUGGUCUUCCAAAACUAGUCAAGGGAACGUUUCCUUGUUUCGUGAAAAGUGGCAAUCGCUGCUAAUGCACAUUACUAAUCACCAUGAGUGGGGCGGCUCCGUAGUAUGCCAUGCAUGCGACCAUAAAGCUCUCCUUCGUAAUUCGCGGCCACUUCCCUGGAUUAAGUUGUGGUGUCCGGCCUUCCAUGCUUUACGUGAAGUGAUUCUUUCCUUCAAGCUGACGAAGGACUUGACCCGUCUUUCUCAGUUUAGCCACGGCAGAGAGAUUUUGUUAUACCAUCGUCUCCUUCAGAAAUAUAGGCCUGGUGUAGUCCGUCUUAGGAUGGAUUCUGUGGAUGCAAGGACCAAACUAGCGGCUCUUGCAUACAAUGCAAAUGUACACAUGGGGCAUACAAAAUCUCAGGUCUCCCUAGAAACAUCUGGUGGUGCUGCCCAGGAGAGACUCAAGAUGGAUUACAGUUGGCGGACCUUGAAAUCACUGUCCAAACCAGACUCGAAUGCUCAUUUGUUGCGCAUGAUGGUGGAUGCUAUAAAAUUGUGCUCUGUUAACCCAAGCCUUGCAGUCUAGAUACGCCUUGCUAUGCACUGUAUUGCAAAUAUCAGAACCCAAAAGGAGAACAAUUAAAAGGGUAUCCUAUCUUAUUUCUAUUGUUUUAAGGCAACAAUGAUCACUGUCUGCAAAAAAAGUUAAAGGAACGGUAACACCAAAACAUGAAAGUGUUUUAAAGGAAUUACAAAUUAACACAUCAGUUAAUAGUGCUGCUCCAGCAGAAGGCUGCACUGAAAUCUGAUUCUCAAAAGAGCAAACAGAUUUUUUUUAUUCUGAAAUCUGAC